AUGACCGACGACGACAGCAAGGCCUGGGGACGACGCCUAGUCAUAUGUUGCGAUGGGACUUGGCAGUCGAGCGUCACUAUCGAAACAAACGUCCCAUCCAAUGUCACUAAACUAUGCCGCCUGAUUGCCCGUGUUGGCUCGGAUCAGCAUGACCCCUCGAAAAAGUUUCACCAGAUUGUCUACUACGAUUCUGGGGUGGGGACAGGAAAUCUCAGCUCUUCUGAAAGGAACCGACAAGGCGGUACAGGAGCCGGGUUGGCAGAGAACGUCAUUGAAGCAUACAACUUCAUCGUGCAAAACUAUGAGCCGGGCGAUGAAAUCUUCUGCUUUGGCUUCUCAAGAGGUGCCUACACUGCGCGUGCAGUUGCAGGACUUGUCUCCGACAUUGGAGUCAUAGCACCCAUUAGCAUGCAGUUCUUCGCGACACUAUACAGCCUGUAUCAGACAAAUGACGAAGGUGUUGACUUUCGCGAAACACAAGCGUGGAGGUGGUUCACUGAAGGCAAGCUGAGCAAGAAGGGAGAAGAGAUGAAGAAGCAGGGCGUGGAUGUUAAAGCAAUUGGCCUGGACGAUCUCAAGCUACUGGCAGAGGUGUGGGAAAUUCGACCGCAUGGAGAACUCGCCGUCAGUGAAGACAGCAGAAAGGUGAAAGUUGUCGGUGUUUGGGACACUGUUGGAUCUUUGGGUAUACCAGAUAUGAUGGGUCUCAAUCUAGCCUCUCAGAGAACGCAAUACGGCUUCCAUAAUGUCAAGUUGACAGAGAAUAUUGAGCAUGCAUUUCAAGCCCUUGCGCUAGACGAACGACGCAAGGCUUUCCGUCCGACUCUUUGGUAUAUUCCAAAGGACCUUGUCGACGAUCCAAACCGACGUACACCUGAACUCAAGCAGGUCUGGUUCCCUGGUGUACACAUCAAUUGUGGUGGCGGCUCACAGGACGCCCUUGGGGAGAUGAAGGGAGACUCAGAGAACAUAUCAACAGCGACUCUUUGCUGGAUGCUUCAAGUCAUUUCCCCGCACUUGACUAUAGACCGACACGCCUUCUCAAUGCAUCUCAACCAAUACAAGCGUUGGCUGUUCCGUAUUCGCUACGCCUGCACUUACUACCACCCAAAUACGCUGCAGAAGAUGUGGAACAGUGUCCCGAAGCUGCCAUCUAUUCCAUUCUUGAGCUCUGGUGACAAGGAGCUAAAACUUCCGCGUGCUGCCUCACCACAUGCGCAUGAGAAGUUCGACUUCAGCUGGGGCACUGGCCCGCUUGUUGACUCGUAUACCGCAAUGUAUUACCUGAACGGUAUGCAUAUACGCAUGCCCGGCCAUGAAAGCGGUGAAGAAUACGACGAAAAGUCAAAAGUGCACACGUGGACCAAAUUGAGAGACCUAGGUGUCACGAACGAGUACCUUCACCCCAUCACCUACUUUCGUAGUCUGAUAAAGGGCUGGGAGUCGCACUCGCCGUUGGCAAAGUCAUGGAACAGAGAAGCUUGGAAAGAGCAAGGCAAGAUGAGGUUUUGGUGGUACAUGGAUGGUGAGAAGGAAAAGUGCGCGCUGCCUGAGUGGGUAAUUCUCCCAGACGAAUUGAAUGGCGACUUCAAUUUUGAAAGGAGGUGGUACAACGAGUGCGAGAGUUCGGAGAAGACACUCGAGAAGCUUGCUAGUAUUGGAGAGUUUGGCAGGGAAAGAGACUUUUUGGAGGUGAUGGAUGAGAGGCUGGGAUUGGCUGCGGGCCGGCCCUCGAAUGUGGCGCCAUGA